AUGAACUGCAUGAAGGACCCGUUAAGCCUGGAGCGCCUGGGAGCCGGGAAUAAGCUGUGCUCCUCCUCACCUUCCUCUUCCUCUUCUUCAUCAUCUUGCCACCACCACCAGCCCGCGCUGGCUAUGGCGACGGCGCUGGCGCCGGGGCAGGCGCGCUCCUCCCUGGAGUCCGCCAAGCACCGGCUGGAGGUGCACACCAUCUCCGACACCUCCAGCCCCGAGGCAGCAGAGAAAGAUAAGAGCCAGCAGAGCAAGAAUGAGGAUGCGGGGCCCGAGGACCCCUCCAAGAAGAAGAGGCAGCGGCGGCAGCGAACUCACUUCACCAGCCAGCAGCUGCAGGAGCUGGAGGCCACCUUCCAGCGGAAUCGCUAUCCGGACAUGUCCACCCGGGAGGAGAUCGCCGUCUGGACCAACCUCACCGAGGCCAGGGUUAGGGUUUGGUUCAAGAACCGCAGAGCCAAAUGGAGAAAGAGAGAAAGGAAUCAGCAAGCCGAGCUUUGCAAAAACGGCUUUGGUCCACAGUUUAACGGCCUUAUGCAGCCCUACGAUGACAUGUACCCCGGCUACUCGUACAACAACUGGGCAGCCAAGGGCCUGACCUCCGCUUCCCUCUCCACCAAAAGCUUUCCUUUCUUCAACUCCAUGAAUGUCAACCCUCUGUCUUCUCAGAGCAUGUUCUCCCCUCCAAACUCCAUCUCCUCCAUGAGUAUGUCUUCAAGCAUGGUACCCUCUGCAGUCACUGGGGUCCCCGGCUCCAGCCUCAACAGCCUGAAUAACUUGAACAACUUGAGCAAUCCCUCCCUGAAUUCUGCAGUGCCAACGCCAGCCUGUCCUUAUGCUCCUCCAACACCUCCAUAUGUUUAUAGGGACACAUGUAACUCGAGCUUGGCGAGUCUGAGACUUAAAGCCAAGCAGCACUCCAGUUUUGGCUAUGCCAGUGUGCAGAACCCCGCUUCCAACCUGAGCGCUUGCCAGUACGCGGUGGACAGACCCGUGUGAGACACCCAAGUAGGAAACACUGCAUGGGAAUCCCUCCCCAUUUCCCACAGAGACUGAGAAUUACCCUAGAAAGUAAUAGGCACUAGAGAGACAGAGAAAGGAAGAAAAAUCAGAGGGGGGGGGGGGGCGGGGGCAAGAGGGGGGGGGAAAAAAAAAAGAGGAAACCACUGAAAUAAGAUAGUUCCUUUGUUUUCAAAGGACCUCCUACAGAUUCUGAGAUCUUUCUUUCACUAAGAGUAUUUCAACAGUUACAAGGACAUAUAUAUAUAUAUAUGGACAAAUGUUUGACUGGAUAUGAUAUGACAUUUUAAUGUUACUAUAAGCUUGUUAUUUUUUAAGUUUAGCAUUGUUGACAUAAAAAUGACUGAAAGGAUGUAUAUAUAUCGAAAUGUCAAAUUAAUUUUAUAAAAGCAGUUGUUAGUAAUAUCACAACAGUGUUUUUAAAAGGUUAGGCUUUAAAAUAAAGCAUGUUACACAGAAGCGAUUAGGAUUUUUUCGCUUGCGAGCAAGGGAAUGUAUAUACUAAAUGCAACACUGUAUGUUUCUAACAUAUAAUUAUUGAAAAAUAAUUUGUGUGAAUAUCAGUUUUAGAAUAGUACCUCUGGUGGAUGCAAUGAUGUUUCUGAUAUUGCAAUGUAAAACAUGCCCUGUGUAUAACAUUUCGUACAAUAUUAUUGUUUUACUUUUCAGCAAACAUGAAAAAAAUGUGUUUUAUUUCAUGGGAG